UUAGUCCUGGUAAUUUAAAAGAAAAAUGUCAAGAUUCUUGGACAUGACAAACAGAUGUAAGAAUUAUGCCGCAUUUGGCUAUGUGGAGUGUGGUCCUUGCUUUGGAAAGAAAAAAAAAGCUAUCAAGUCUUGUCUGGUGUGUUUGGAUUCCUACUGUCCUACUCAUUUUGAUCUCCACGAGAAACUACACUCAGGGCAGCACCAUAAAGUAAUGAACGCCACAGGGUUUCUCCAGGACCAGAUCUGCUCCAGGCACGACAAGCCGCUAGAGGUUUUCUGCUGCUUGGAUCAGCAGUGCAUCUGUCUUACGUGUACAGUGGAUGAUCACAAGGGACAUAGAAUUGUGUCUGCUUCAGAAGAAAGAACAGAGAAACAGAAUCAGCUGGGUGAAGCAAAGAUGAAAUCACAGCAGAGGAUCAUGGAAAGGACAAGGGAGCUUGGGGAACUGCUGAAAGCUGUGGAGUCUCACAAGCAGUCUGCACAAGUGGUGCUGGAGAAGAAUGACAAGACCUUCACCGAGAUUAUUUGCUUUAUUGAGAAAAAACGAUCAGAGAUCCACGACCUAAUUCGAGCUCAGGAGAACAUUGCAGUAAAGCGAGCUGAAAACUUCCUGAAACAACUAGAAGAGGAAAUCGCUGAGCUUCAGAGGCAAGAUGAAGAGCUGCAGGAGCUCUCUCUAACAGAGGAUCACAUUCACUUUCUGCAGCGUUAUGCGAUACUCACUGCCACAGUUGGGUCUCCUGAUUUACCCACCAUCUCUGUUAGCUCCACACACUCCUUUGAGGAAGUAGCAAAGUCUUUAACUGAACUGAAGAAGCAUUUGGAAGAUUUUUGUGAAGAUUGCAUGGAGAAAAUAAAAAACAGAGUGAAGCAAAUUCAAAUCAUUACACCCAUGACGAGAGAUGAGGUCCUGCAGUAUUAUUGCGAGUUAACCGUGGAUCCCAACACAGCGUACAGGCGCCUCAGCCUAUCCGACAACAACCGAGUAGUAUCCAACUAUGACCAGGACCUGCCUUACCCAGAUCAUCCAGAGAGGUUCGACUGGCCCCAAGUGUUGUGUGAGCAGCCCGUUUGUGGACGUUUUUAUUGGGAAGUGGAGUGGAGUGGUGUAAAUGGUGUUAACGUUGCUGUCUCAUAUAAAAGCAUCCGCCGGAAGGGUGGCCACAACGACUGCUGGUUUGGUUGCAGUGAUCAGUCGUGGAGGGUGUACUGCUCACCAUUUAGAUAUGCCUUUAGACAUCACGGCAAAGAAACGUACAUCCCCAAAUUGAACAACUCCACCAGGAUCGGCAUCUUUGUUGAUUACGAUGCUGGGACACUGUCCUUCUACAGCAUAGCUGAAAAAAUGAUUCCUCUCUACAAAGUGCAUUGUGAGUUCACAGAGCCUUUGUAUCCAGGAUUUACUGUGUGGCCAGGAUCCAAAUUGACACUAUGUUGUCCUAAAAAUGACAAUGUAACAUAGAUUUUCAAGGCCAGAUAACAGUUAUAUAAUAAAUAAGAGGGUUUUUUUUGGGUUCUUUGUUAUGAAAAAUUAAAAAACUUUUUCUCUUUCA